GUCAUUUUUGUUGUCUUCAAACAAUCUUUCUGUUGAACCCGAAGAAAUGUCGCUUUCCCACUUCCCUGCUGCUGGAUUUGAGCCGCAGAUUGAGCUUCUGAAGCAGACGCUCGAGGCUGUCAUCGCCGACCCUCGCCUUCACCAGCUGUACAUCGAGGCUCAGGUCGUGCUCGAGCAGCUGCGCACGGCAUUCAACGAGGCGACCAGCGGCAUCGAGGCGUGGGCGUUGGUCCUCGCCACGGUCGCAGCGGUCCUCCUGCUCCAGCGCGUCUUUGGCUUCCUCUUCAAGGAUGAGCCCCUGCUCGCUCGCUCAAAGAAGUCCUUCUUCAAGAACAUCCGCAAGCUGCCGAUUGUUGGCACUCUGAUCCGCAAAGAGGUCCAGGGCACUCUGCUGAGCAUGCGCAAGUCGCUCAACAAGCCGAUUCCUGGCGUCAGCGUGUACAAGAAGCUGCCCGCCGGCCCUCGCACGGAGCACGACAUUAUGCACGACCUGCAAACGAUGGCUGCCGCGUCUUCCACCGACAUGAUGACCCGCGGCCGCGUGUCUGGCACCAUCUACCACGGUGACCAGAAGCUGACCGACUUUCUCGUCAAGGCCUACGCCAUGUUUGCGCUUUCCAACCCGCUGCACUCGGAUGUCUUCCCUGGCGUCCGCAAGAUGGAGGCUGAGGUCGUUCGCAUGGUCGUCGACAUGUACCAGGGCGGCAACGAUGCGUGCGGCACCAUGACGUCCGGCGGCACCGAGUCCAUCAUCAUGGCCGUCAAGUCCUACCGCGACCGCGCACGCGAAGAGCGUGGCAUCACCAAGCCCGAGAUGAUCAUCCCCGAGUCUGCCCACGCUGCAUUCGACAAGGCUGCUGGCUAUUUUAACAUCAAGCUCAUCAAGGUCCCCACCCACCCCAGGACUAGCGAGGCGAACGUUGGCGCCAUGCGCCGUGCCAUCACGAGCAACACGAUCAUGCUUGUCGGCAGCUGCCCUUCCUUCCCCCACGGUGCCAUUGAUGACAUUCAAGGCCUCGCCAAGGUCGCGCUCGAGUACGGCAUCGGUCUGCACGUCGACUGCUGCCUCGGCGGCUUCCUCGUGCCCUUCAUGAAGGAGGCGGGUUACCCGAUCCCGGCGUUCGACUUUUCCGUCAAGGGUGUCACGUCCAUCUCGUGCGACACGCACAAGUACGGCUUUGCACCGAAGGGCUCCUCCGUGAUCAUGUACAGCACGCACGCGCUGCGUCACUACCAAUUCUUUGUCUCGGCCGACUGGUCGGGCGGCAUCUACGCCUCGCCUUCGAUUGCUGGCAGCCGUCCUGGCGCGCUUGUGGCGGCCACCUGGGCUUGCUUGCAGCACUUUGGCCGCAAGGGCUAUGUCAGCACCACCAGGGCAAUCCUCGACACUGCCUCGCACAUCAUCAAGGAGCUCCGAACUGUCAAGGGCUUGGAUAUCCUGGGCGACCCGCGGGUUUCGGUCAUUGCGCUCGGCUCGCGCAAGUUUGACAUUUACCGACUUGGCGAUGCCCUCGAGCACCGCGGCUGGAACUUGAACAAGCUGCAAUUCCCUUCCAGCAUCCACAUUUGCGUCACCUUCGUCCACACUCGGGACAACAUUGCCAACGAGUUCAUCCGCGACGUCACCGAGUGUGUCGCCGAAAUCAUGAAGACGCCCAAGGCAAAGGCCACUGGCGGCGCUGCCAUUUACGGCAUGUCCCAAGCGGUCCCUGAUCGCUCCCUGAUCCAGGAAAUCACCCGGGGCUACAUUGACACUGUCUACAACGCAGACCCGUUCGAGGAGGCUGAUUCUUCCAAGAAGGAGCACGCCAACGGCCAGAGCCACGACCAGAGCAACGGCCACGACCAGAGCAACGGCAAGAGCAAGAAGAACAAGAAGUAGAUGAUUUUUCUCUGUCUCGUCUUUGUGUUGUUGUUCUUCUCUCGCUGAACAGAUUCAUUUGCUGGUUGUGUUUUGAGUCUGUGUUUUCUUCUUCUUUGAUCUCUCACUCAAUAAACCUUCUUCCAAGGACGA